UCUAUUUGCACAAUUAACCCUCUAAAAAGUCCCCUGUUUUUUCCCAGCUUGGGCGAGAAGAAAACUGCGAAAGCUUUGAUUUGCUGCAAAAAUGGCGUUUCGCACUGCUUUACGGAGAUUGAACUCCUCAUCAACCCUUCUCUCCAACUUCCUCAAUACACGCCGCCCUACUGGUUCUGUUGCGCCGUUAACAUCUCUUUUUCUGAGCUAUAAGAGUAGUCAUGUUUCCGUUGUGGACUCUAACGAAGAAAGCUUUACUAUCAAUGCACUUGGAGGUUCCUUUCCCCGCUCCGAUCAAUUCCCUAUUCAACGCGGUGCAUCUGAUCAGUACAUGGAAAACCCGUUCCAAAUUUCUGGACCUCGAGGGUCAUACGAGGCGAAGAAUGUGGACGCAGGAAUGUUCCUGAGGAUGGAAAUGCCAGGUAUUGAUAAAGAAGAUGUGAAGGUGUGGGUUGAAUAUGGGAAUGUCUGCAUAAAGGGUGAUGGAAAAAAGGAGUCUGAGCAUGAGGACAGUGGAAGAACCUACAGUGCCAACAUUGAGAUCUGUUCGAAUUCCUUUCAGCCUCAGUAUAUGGAAGCAGAGAUGAAGAAUGGUGUUCUUAGGAUGGUAAUACCCAAGUCCAAGACUUCUCAGGAGGUGACUGGCUCUUAUGAGAUAAAAGUUAAGUAAGUCUUCUUAGGAAUAUCAUGUCAUUGGUCUCAUUAGGUGGAUAGUUAACUAUAGAUAGAAGAUUAUUAGAAGUACUUGCGUAUAGAUACUUUCUUAUAUGUUUGUGGGAAAAAUCAACUCUUGCUGAGUCUUUUUGGAAUUAUUCUGCUUGAAUUUUGAGCAACUCUGUGGAUUUUGUGAUAACAAUUGCUUGUUUAGCUUGAUUUGGUGUCAUCACCUCAUUGAGAGGAUGUCAGCGUGUUGAUUAGAAUUCUCAUGUGUG